GCGCACUGCAUCGCGCAUAUUCGUAACGAUGCUGCGCCAUCAGUCAUGAUGAAGCGCUGGCUCCUCCUCGCCGCCGCGCGGGCCGCGGCAGAGGACCUGGCCUUCGUCCGCGAGGGCUGCCGCAUCUCCAUCCAUCAUGGUGCCAAAGCCAUUUUGAGAGACGGCGCCCGCGAGUGCGACCUGUGGAACGCGCAAAGUAGUGGACGCCGCUGCGCGAGCGACCGCGUGUUGCUCUGCGAGGUGGUUUUCGCCGAUCAGAAAGCGGCGGCGUCGACGCACGCGGCAUUAACAGUAGCGACGGACGCCGCCUACCUCGUGGCGCCAAUCCCGGGCGGCCUGCCGCGGUACAAGUACGUCGAGGCGAAGGCCGCCUGGGCCCGGGCCGCGGGCGUGGCCUACUACCUCGCCUUCGGGCGGGGCACCGCGAAGGCGAACGGCCCGCGCUGCGACGCCGGCGCCGGCGGCCAGACCCUGCACGCCCUCAAGGCCGCGGGCCUCGGCGUCGUCAUGCGCCGCACCGAGUACGAGUCGGUGACGGCGCUCGACGUCGACGCGGUGCCCGCCCUCGACGCCGCGCCCCCGGAGGCGUGGCUCGCGCUGGACGCCGCGAGCGACGUCUUCGGCGCCUCGAACGUCGGCAAGCCCGUCCUCGUGAACGGCGGCGUGCUGGUCCUGCGGAACACGGCCUGGGCGCGCGAGCUCGUCGGGGCGUGGUGGCGCAACCGCUGCGGCCCGGCGGACCAGUACGCGCUGUGGAAGUCGCUCGCCGAGCUCUGGCGCCGCGACCAUCCGAAGUUCCGUCUCUCCGACGGCGUCUUCGCGAACUACGCGAGCGCGCGGGAGCGCUUCCUGCCCGAGGUCGCGCGGCGCAUCGCGGACGGCGCGCUCCCGGCCCGGGGCUGCGCCGCCGACGCCACCUGCGCGGCCCUCUUCAGCGCGUCGGGCUGCCUCGCGGCGCCGCUCGCGCUGCCCCAUUUGUACGUGACGCCCGUGGCCGGCCCGUUCCGCGCGGCCGACGGGUCCGCCGUCCGGCCCCUCCAGAAGGGCGACUACGCCUGGAUGUGCCACUUCGACCGCGUGUACGAAACGCUAAAGGAUUAUGACUUGCACUUCUCGGCGCUCGAGGCCGCGGUCGGCGCGCGCGACGCGGCCCGCGUCCCGGCGCUCGUGGCCCGCGUUCUGGGAAGCGACGGGGGCGACCGCUUCGACGCGUCCUGCGCGCGCCCGGGCGACGCGCUCCGGCACGCGCUCUACCGCUUCAACGGCGUCGAGCCUGACCGGGGGCGCACGUGCGCGCUCGCUCUCAACGAGUCGCUGCAAUCCCAGUACGCGUACGCGCCGGCGGAUAACAUAUACGCGGGCUCGGGCGUGCUCGUCAAAUCCGAAUGCGGCACGGCGAAGCGCUACCUGCAGCCCGAGGAGGCCCGGCGGAAGUGCGAGCUCGCCGCGCGCAAGGCCGCGCGCCGGGCCGCGCGCAUGGCCAAGCUGCGGCGCGACGCCGAGACGGCGGCGCGGCACGCGGAGGUGGGCGUCGCCGAGUUCGGGAUGGCCGCCGUCCAGGCUGCAUUCACAAGAGGACGGUGGAGGAAGCCGCCGAGCGCACCCGUCGACUACGACCGAGCGAGCCCCUAUCAAGCCCAUAGGAAUGAAACGUACGACUGGGACGCCGCGAAACGUAGAGUUAUGGACCACGCGAUGCGGGAUGUGGCACGCUAUUCUAUAGACGAGUCCCAUAAGAGCACGAAACUAGCGUUACGAAGCGCCCUCCUGGACAAGACGCACGCCAUAUGGAUCUUGCAAGGUAGAUUAUUUGUCCACAAGGCGUAUCUGGGCGAGAUGAAGCGCGAACUGCAUCUGCGGUUCAUGAAUUCAGUUUUGGGGAAGAAGAGCGACCUGAUAAAGAACGUCGUAUAUACGUUCGACGAGGGCGCGAGUGGCCCCAGUCACGAAUGCGACCCGCACCUGCCGAAGCUCGUGAUAGCCAAGAAGAACGGCGAAAAACAAUGUGGGGUUUUGGUGCCGAAUCCGUACUUCGGGGACCUGUAUCGAAACUGGGAGCGGGAGCGGUCAGCGCUUGUGUCUUUGGGUAGAAGACGAAAGUGGGAGAAUCGGCGGCCCCAGUUGUUUUGGCGGGGCAAGAUUCGAGGUCGGGAGGCCGUGAUUAAUAAGGAGCGAGAUUGUGCGAGAGAAGCGGGGAACUACGCGCGGUUGCAGGCGGCUUCAUUAACCACGCACGACUCCAAGAAAUUUGACGUGCGCACGAAUACGUGUCGACCGCGGCCGAUCCGGUCUUUAUCUCAAGACUUGUGUCGGAAGGUCUUACCGCAGAACGACGACUUAGCUAAAAUACGAGAUUCGGGUUGUAGGGCGGUCCAGGGGCGGUUCAUGAACCAUGGGAAGUUCAACGCGUUCCAGUUCCUGCUGGAUCUGCCUGGUAGCACGACGGGGAGCUAUUCGAGGAACUUAAACCACCUCUGGCUGCUGGGGGCCGUCGUCGUCUUCUGGGCCGGGCCGCUCCUAGAGCCGGGCGGCGCGCUGCAGUGGUACUCGGCCGGGUUGAGGGACGGGCGGACGCACGUGACCGUCAACGUGUCCACCGCCAAGGCGACGCUCGACGCCAUCACCGACCAUGUAGAUUGGCGCAAUGAAUUGUUAGAGAACUCGCGAGGAGUUGCUGAUAAUCUAUUAUGUGGCGAGUGCAUGGGCAGCUACGUCGCGACCGUCUUAACGUCAUUGAGGCAGCGCCUGCCCCUUCUGGAUUCUGCGUUGAACCAGCGGACGCACCAUACCGCGAACGCGACGCUCGCCGAAUUGUUAUCAAGAGAGAACUGCGCGCGGCACUUGGCGGCCGGGUUGGUCGAGGUCGUGCGCGGGACGCCCCGGAACCGGCGCGAGCCGGGCUGGCCGAUCACGUGGCGGACCGCCGCGACGGGCGCCGCGGCCUGCGAUUUGUUGGGAGCGCUGGCGGCGCCGUUCCGCGACCCGAAGAUGAGUGCGGCGGGCCGGCGCGGCGGGGCGCGCGUCCGGGAGCGCGUGCUCCUUGCUUCGGUUUAA